CUUAUUCCUCCGCGUCACACUUUUUUAACAAACAUCACCUUGAGAGAUCAGACAGCGAAGAAAUCCCUAAUAUGAGGCGCACCCACCACUCGGUCAUAGUCUCCGCGACGAAGUAUUCGGACUCCGAAAAGCAGAACUUCAUAGAUUGUUUACAUGAUGAGGAGCCUGAGCCCAAGCACAUUCCCGCCGAGGUCUUGGACGAAAUUUUAAACGAGGUCCUGAAGCAUACCCAUUUCCCGCAAAAGCAGUCGGAUAGCUCCCUGGAUCAGCACUGUCAGUCAGUGCGAGAGGCGAAGGCGGAGAAACAGGCGAAGCUAAAGAGGCAGGACGAUGAUCUCGACAUGGAUCCUCGUCUGCGCAACUGGAACCGCGUGCUGGAGCAGCGCCAACGAAUCCAAAAGCGGAUCGAACGGCAGACGGGUAAGCGGGCCGAGGACGUGCUCUUCAACCGCUCGGCUACCAUCGACGAGGCCGGCAAGCGGAUGAUCCUGCGCAUCCUUGACACCGCCGAUCGUUCGCGACCUCUCGACCGCCUCAAAGAGAAUGUCACAAUGACCUCGCUGAAGCCACGCUGUGAUCCCAAUCUGUGUCUCGAGAUAAAGGAGCUGUUCGCCGUCAAGCCGACGCUGCAGGAGGUGGAGUUCAUUGGCCUGCCGGAGGUCACCCAGAAGGAACUGGCCUCCACCCAACUGGCGGCCAACGAAGUCGAGAGCCAGUUUCAGCGCUCCGAGGUUCUGAGCCAGCGCCUCGAGACGAAGAAGCGCUCCAUCCAACGAGUUCUGGAAUUUGCGCCCGAUCUUCAGCAGCUGCAGGUCACGCAGACAAAAAUGGAGCCGCCUGCCAAAGGGCCACCGAUCACUAAGGUCAGCCAGUCUUCCUUAAAGGAUAUCUCAGACGACUCCACCUUUGAGGAGGAAGAGGACUUGGAGUUAGAUUUUUUGGUGUCCUUUAAGGAAGGCGAGGGCGAUACGGAAGUCGAGAAAAUCUUAAAAGAUGUCGAGAACCAGGUGGAGACCCAAGAUUUGGACGAGCCACAAGACUUAAACGGCCUGAUGGUUAAUGGCAUGUUCCUUGACUACCGCCAGCCCAGUGGCCCUACAAGCAAGAAUAUUUAUCUGAUGCUUGAAUGUGAUCCAUACGAGCGCAAGGUGAAGAUGCUGCUGGAUAUCCAGAACCUGAGUCCGAAGUUUGUGCACGUCUUUUGGUUGAGCAAGGCCCGCUUGCGAUCCGAUCGUGCGACCGUAGACGCCGAACUUGUGUUCGACCGCAGCGAGUUCAUCCUUGAGCCGCGGGGUCGCCGCAUCAUCCAGGUAAUGUUCCAGCCGCAAACGGUGGGCAUCUUCACGCAGCGCUGGCACUUGUGCCUGAGAAGGACUCCAUUGUGCGGCACCCGUCGCCUGGACGUCGUUAUCCAGGGUAAGUGCACCAUGCCGGCUGAGUUUCUGCGCCGCCUCGAGGGUCAUAAAAAGGUGCCGUUGGACAAGCAGCAGAGACUGCAGGCGCAGAGUAUCCUUAAUAUGCAGGCCAGCCUGGCGCCGAUCAUUGAGAAUCCCCGGCCCCUGUGUCCCUACAAGAGAUCCCUUGAUGAUCGCGAGGUUUUCAAUGCCCAAAACUAUUCCUAUCGCUGCGAUCGGUACGAGGAUCUCGAGAUUCUUAAGGGCAUAUAUGAACUGGCCAAGAAGCCACGCGAUCGACCAUGGGAUCUGAGCAUUCAGGCACUGCGUAACAUUAUUGGCAAGCUUGAGAGCCGGUUUCUGCGCGAGCAUCUCCACAAUCAACUGGUGAAAGUCCUCGAGCCGAUGAAGUGCAACAGGUGCUCGAAUUUUCCCCUGUUGGAGCAUAAUCCGGAGCAGGAACGGUCCCGUUUUAUCUACGUGCGUGGCACUAUCAGCAGCACCAUUGACGCCUGGGAGACCAUGGCCUUUGGCCUGGAUGAGCAGUUCUUUAAGCUGGAACUCCUUCGCUACCUCUCGGAGAACCCCCUCCCUAAGGAGUUCGGCGGACUGUCGCAGAAGAACCGCCAGCAGGAUCCGUUUGAGACAUCAGUGAAUAUAGAGGUCGUGGAGAACAUCUCGAAGAGAGUCAAGUCCAGCAAGUACUUGAAGGACUCCCUCUACAUGCAGACCUACAGUCUGCUCUGCGAUGCCGCCGAAGACAUUGUGUCCGUGAUCGAGAGCACCGCCGAAUAGGAUUCGGUCUGCCGAUGAUAUUGAGAUGCUCUUUCACCCGUUCCAAGCUACACGGAGAACUCUGAGCUUUGUCUUUCGGGCAACAUAUAUUUUUUUAGGUGUUUAAAAGGCAUUACUGAAAUAAUAAAAAAAAACCUUUUUGA